AUGACAACCGUGACUCCAGAGCAGCGAGAGCUGCAGCUAGUAGAAAGCGUCGAAUUCAGAAUUCUCACCGUUGCCAAUGAUGAGGCUAAGCUCACCGACCUCCUGGGACGCUAUUUAGCCCCCAUCAUUCUCAAGGCACAGAGCCCCAACGCUGCCGUCAGAAACAAGGUCAUCACACUAUUGAGUCGGCUGAGAACAUUCAUCCAGCCUCCAAGUGUCAUCCUACCUGUCAAGGCACUGCUUGAACAGUACAAAUCAACAGACAGUGCCAUCAUCAAGCAGCUGGAUUUGCCACUCAUUCAGCACAGCCUUGGUCGUCUUGAUGAAGACGAUAGACGGGACUUGAUUCCCAUCGCACUGAAAGGUUGCUCCAAGGAUGAAGGCCAACCAAGAGCUGCCAGCUUUUUCAACAUCAUUCUUCAACUCCUGAUUGAUGUCCGCAUUCCGUCACGCGGAAGCAAAGAAGACGAGACCCUUCGAGCUUCUAUUGGUUUAGAGGAUCCUGCUGAUGCAAAAUAUCUCGCCAAGAUGCUCUCUCUUUUUCUACGCCUACGGCCCUCAACCCCCAGCCGGACGGUGGCUGAAUCAAACCCAACCUUCUCUGAAGAUGAAAGCAAGAUCUUCUCUGUGGAAGGUCCUGGAACUGAUAAGAUCUUCCAGAACAUCUCACAGGUAAAGGCCAAGGCUGUUUCAUUCUUAGCCAGUGCUGCCUUUACCGAUGAGGAAAAGUUCCUACCUGCAUUAUACGCCUCCUCAACCCCCGACACCAGAGUAGCAUCUAUGGCAGAGGAAAUUAUCAAACGAACAUCAGUCUCCCUAGAACAGGAAGACUUAGUAAAGAAGCUGUUUGAGGCCCACUCUCGGCUUCCUGCUGCCUAUCGCACGCGGAUUCUUAAUCUGCUUGCCAAAUCCACUAUUGCAUCAACAAUGUCACAGAGCAUUAUGAACGUGGUGAAUCUUGACUUCUUGCCAAGUUUCACCCAAGAUUCUUCGACAGAUGCGCUUAAACCAUCAAGUACGCUAGAGAAGACAAAGCUACACAAGGCUCUUUUCCAGUUUCUAUCUUGGGUUGCUCAACAAAUAACGCACGAUGAAGUCCAGCUUCGCUCGAGAGGUUACGAAACUAUUGGCAUGCUUGCGCGGUCAGCCGAUAUGCCUUUCAAAGAGCGGAUUGCUCUGGCUGCUUGGCUCUUCCAAGCCUUGUCAGAAGACCCAACAAAUGAGGCCGUAGUCAACAUUGACGGAGCGCUUUCAAGUCUUACAGCAAAUGUCCCUGAACAUAUUGCUGACGAAGAUCUCGAAUUGAGGAAUAUGCUCCUCAAAUAUAUGUCUCUCUCUGAAAAGGCACCUGCUGUACGAAGCACUCGACAUGCAGUUGUCAAAUGGGCCAAUGAAUGCCUAUCAUUCACAAACAUUGAUGCACGAUGGAUCAAUUUUAUGGCUGUCGCUGGUCGCCAUCAGGAGAGGAGUGAUGUGAUUGAGCAAGGGCAAAAAGGUCUGGAUCCAUGGACCUACGCCGCUCAUAGAGAGACUGCCCCCGAUCUUGCACCUCCUGCCGACUAUGAGCCUGGCCCUGGAGUAACAGCGCUGCCUAAUGACAGUAUCUAUGACAAUUUCAGAGGGUCCAACAUUAAUGCUUUUGCUCUGAUCAUUCAGUAUUGCAAGCAUAUGAUAUUUCUCGCGGCACUGCCCGAGUUCGAGGUGCAGCCCGACUGGAUGCAGACGCUUAACGCACAAAUAAAGACCAACAUCAAAACUAGGGAGAAGAUUCAAGAAUACUUGCGAUACAUCGACCCUUCGUAUCUCAGCAUCUACCUCAAUGCAUGUCUUGUUGGCGCUUUUCUCGAGGAUGCUCCCAUCACGGAAGAGUGUCUUCGCUGCUUUGUCGACAUCGCCUCUCUUUCUCCCAGAGUGAUUGUCGGAGAUUUCACCAAACACAGAGUUACCAAUCUGCUUCCUCUUAUCAAAUCUAAUAAGAGUGAGAUACGGGACUUGAGCGCGAGAGCCCUGGGUAUCUUGGCGGCCCAUCCAACAAUGGAUGUUGAUGACGUUCAAAACUGGGGUAUGACUCUCAAUGCUUUGUUUGAGAAAGCCACGACGGCAGUUGGCCCAGAUCUCAAUGCUGCCGAAGGAGCCCUCGCCGCCUAUGGACAUCUUUGCUCUCGAUCUGUCUUAUACAACCACGCAUCUGUGGCUGAGUGGAAAUAUCCGCUUCAAAUUCUCGUCGAGGAGAAUGUUGCAGGAUCUCUAUUUGAUGCAGCCGUCGAAGCUUUUACCCAUCUUUGGCUGGCAAAACUUGCCAUCCCUCCAAAAGACGGAGCCACUUCUCUUGACAAGAUCAUCAAAAGGCUGUCCAAGAAGGCCAAAAAGGGAAAUGAGAAGGCGAUUAUUGGUCUUGGGAUGCUGGCUGCCAGUAUACCAGACGCUGAACUUCCAGAAUCACCUGCUUCGUGGUCAGAAGGCCCAGUUGGUGCCAUCUUGACGGAGCUGUUUGCUCUUCAUGAAACCAAGCGAGUGGAGGUUCAUUUCACCGUCGGUGAGGCCAUAACCAUUGCAACUGCUCGCUGGGAUUCGGACUAUGUGAAACUCAUGGUGGAUGUCGAAUAUCGAACCCGCGACUUCCAAAACAAAUGCCGGGAAUCGCUGCUUACAAGCAUUCUGGACAAACUCUUCGAGGACUGCAAAGCAACCAAACCAUCUCUUCUGAAGGCUUCCGGUAUUUGGCUUUUCUGUAUCUUGCAGUACUGUUCAGACCUCCAUGAAGUAAACUCUCGCCUCCGACAAGCACAGGCCGCAUUUAUGCGCCUUCUGCCUUCAAGGGAUGAAUUAGUUCAAGAGACUGCUUCCCGUGGCCUUAGUUUGGUCCAUGAACGCGGAGAUGAACAGCUCAGAGCAGCUCUGGUGAAAGAUCUUGUAGCUGCAUUUACAGGAUCGGCGCAACUCAAGGUGGAUGGAGAUACCGAGUUGUUUGAACCUGGAGCAUUGCCGACCGGCGAGGGUAGCUCGAUUUCUUCGUACAAGGACAUUGUCAGCCUCGCAAACGAAGUUGGUGACCAGGGGCUUGUCUACAAGUUCAUGGCUCUAGCAGCCAAUGCAACUGAAUGGUCCACUAGAUCAGCCUUUGGGCGCUUUGGUCUCACUAACAUCCUCUCAGAUGCUGAAGUCGACCCUAAGAUAUAUCCAAAGCUCUACCGAUAUCGAUUUGAUCCGAAUACCAAUGUCCAACGAUCCAUGAGCGAGAUCUGGAAAGCCUUGGUGAAAGAUCCAAAGGCUGUGAUGGACGUUCACUUUGACGCCAUCAUGGAGGAGCUGCUGAAGAGCAUACUCGGCCGAGAAUGGAGAAUGAGAGAGGCCAGCUGCGCAGCCAUUUCCGAGCUAUUAACCGGCGUUCCGUUCGAACGGUAUGAGAAAUUCUACAGCGAUAUCUGGGCAAAGGCAGUCAAGGUCUUUGACGAUGUGAAGGGAAGUGUCCGAGAGGCAGCUUUCAGGCUCUGCAGAAGCCUAUCCAAUACUCUCGCCAGACAGCUCGAAGAGGGAACUCACGAAGCAUCAGCCAAUGCUAUGAUGCAAAAAGCAUUGCCCUUCUUGUUGUCGGACAAGGCCGCGGAGAGCUCAGUUCAAGAGGUGCAAGUCUUUGCCAUCAUCACCCUCAUCAAGAUUGCGCGACACGGUGGUAAACAUCUGAAGCCAUUUAUCCCAGAGGUGAUCCCGAAGCUUCUCGGACUUCUUAGCACGAUCGAGCCUGACCGCAUCAACUACUACUAUCAGCAGGUUGGGGAGGAUAGCCGCGAGAAGAUUGAUAAGAUACGAUCACAAAUGGUUAACCAAUCCCCCAUCUCUGAAGCUAUUGACAACAUCCUGCGGUUCGUUGACGAAGACGUGAUGGUUGAGUUGGCCCCGCGCCUUGAGGCAACUAUCAAAACUGCGAUUGGAAUGCCAACCAAGAUUGGCUGCAGCAGGGUCCUUACGACCCUCUUUACUCGUCACACUAAUGAGAUCAAGUCUGUUUCUACUCAAUUUUUGGAACUACUUGGCAAGCAGGUUCUGGACAAGAACGAUGAAGUUAGCCAAGCUUAUGCUCGCGCGUCUGCAUACAUCAUGAGAGUCGUCUCCGACAGCGCUAAGCAACGGUUUUCGGAGCGCAUGCUAAAUCUUUACUUGCAAUCAGAAGAUGAGGUCCGUCGCCAGAAGGUUUCAGACGUCAUCGUUUCUCUCGCAAAGAUAUCUCCCGAUCACUUCACCACCCAGGAGACAAUCCUGUUGCCAUUUGCUUAUCUUGGGUCUCAUGAUGUUGACGACUACACCAGCAAAGUAUUCCGAGAGGUGUGGGAUCAACAUUCUGGCAGCAGUCGAACUGUCGUUCGCUAUGUACCAGAGAUUGUCAGCCUGAUUGAGCGUUGUUUGGCUACCACCCAAUGGGCGCUUCGACACACCGGUGCUUUCACAGUUGCUGCUAUGGUCACAGAUGUAGCCAGCGCGAGCGAUACCACGGGUGCAAUUUCUGAAGCCAACUUGAAAGCCAUAUGGCCCGUCUUUGAAAAGGCUCUCGCUCUCAAGACUUUCCCCGGCAAGGAGAAGCUGCUAGAAGCAUUCCCUGACUUUAUCGAGAAGGGCCAAUCUCUGUGGAGAUACAAUGCUGAUAUUGCAGCCCUGAUGAAGAAGAUUGUUCUCCGCGAAGCAAAGCGAAACAAUGAUGACUACCGUGUUCAUGCUUUCCGCUGCCUGUGGAGAUUUGCCAAAGCAGUAGACAGUGUUGACCUUUUGCAAGAUAUCGUGGACAUUGUGUCUCCCCACUUGGAGGAUCUCAAGGAUGACAACAAGAUGGAUGUGGACUCUCAGGAAGAAACUGUGAUUAAGACUGCAAAGAAUGGACUCGAGGCUGUGGCACGCGGAUACAGUCGCUUGUCGGAUAGGCGGGCAUAUGCCGUUGCCAGCCAAGUCAUCAAGGCCCUUGAGCCUUUCCUCUCGAGCCCCAAAUUCAAUGCGAUCAAGCGAGAGGUUUGGUACGAAUCUGUCAUCGAUCUCAUGAAAGAUCUUGCGGCAUCCGAGCCCCCCGCAGACUCGACAUCACUGGAUAAGGACGGUGUGUUGCAGGGAUAUCUCGGCAGCCUCGAUGUCGACAAGGCUGAAGUUGGGGUUGAGUCUCAGAGACUGAAGAGAGUUGAGGCAGUUUCCGCAACUCUCAAAGCCUACACCAGUGGCGUCUUUGGGAAGUCGAGUGUACAAAUGGACGAAUUCGAGGCUGCUGUGAUGAAAGCCAAGGAGGAAGAACGUGUUCCGGAAGUACAGAGGGGUUGGCAGAGAGUGCUGUCGGAAUUACAGGAGGCGCGUGGUUGA